AUGCAGAUCAUCGUCUCGCCAAGGAGGGCGAUCUUCGAGAAAGAGGGCACGGACGUCAGCGAGCUCACCCCCGAGCAGGUGGAGGAAGUCUUUGAAGACAUCCUCUUGGUGUUGGACAAGUUUCUAUUCAAGUGGUCCGAAGGGCAGACGAACGACACCAGCACUUCCGUCUUGCAGCAGCAGAUCUCCAUGGCCAACAACAUGAAGAAAGGAUCGGCGAAUGCGAUGAAGAUGCUGAAGAUGCAGACUGGCGAAGGUGAGCUCGAAGCCUUUCGGACCCGGCUGUCGAAGAUCAGCGAGGACCUGCUCUUCCUGCUGACCCAAGUGGAAAGCCUUGCAGACAAGUCUUGGGGCACGAAGAAGUCAGACGUGAACAGCGGCUUGUCUACCCUCAACGGCUUCUUGAGCAAGCUUCGCUUGAAGCUGUCCCAGAAGCUUCCUGUGGACAAGACCAGCGACCAGUGA